ACAGGUUAGUGCGUCUCUUUGAUUUUACAGAGAACUUGGAGGUGAACAGAACCAUUGUGUGGCUGAAGAGCUCGCUGUGUCAGCCGGGAGAAGGCCCCAUUCGGCUCCGAGCCCAGCCCCGAGGGCCUCCCAGCACCAGGAUGGUUUCCUUCCUCCUCUGCCUUCUCCCUGCUCUCCUAGCUACGAGUGCACAAGGAACCCUGAAAUGUGAGAAGUGCUAUGGCUCAGCGGACACGUGCCAACCUGCUAAAGAGACCUGCACAGCAGCGAAGGCUACAGGAGGCUGCAUCUCAGGGGCAGGAAAAUCGACACUGGGCUCCACGGUUCUCACGGGUCUCGGGGUCCUCAAGUGGCGAAGCUCCUGCCGGCGCAGUCUCUUCUCUGGGCUCGUCAGGCAGCCUGGAGUCCGUCUGGAGCUCUGCGUGCCAUGGCUCUGUGAGACACCGACCACUGUCUUCUACAAAGAAUGUACAGAUGACUAUAAUAGUGGCAUAAAAUCCCCCAUCACUUUUACUGGUGGGAAUGGCACGUAUCUGAGGAUCAACACCACCCGAUGCAACGACAUAGAUAACUGUAACUCUGCUGUACUGGACGUGCCCAAAGGGAGCGCCACCAAGAACGGGUUGCAGUGCCCCACCUGCUUUGAUCUGAAGUCCGAUACCUGCAAUGGCACAAUCACCACUUGUACAGGGGAUGAGACCUAUUGCAUCGAUUUCAUUGGAAAGAUACUGAAUGGUCCAUCUUCUUCGCCAUUUGCUGCAAAGGGCUGCGCUACUGCGUCUGCUCAGGACAUUAAACCUGGAACCUUCCUGGUGUCAGGACCCUACAUAUACCUCUUUUCACGGGCAACCUACGCUCUGGCGGAGAAAAUCCCUGCUCCCAGUGGAGCCAGCCAGGCUCUGGGGAAAUUCUCCUUUGCCCUCUACCUGCCUGGCCUGACUGGCCUGCUGCUGGUGAAGCUGCUCUCCUGACCCCCCUGGCCCUGCACAGGCCACGCAGCACCUGG